CCGGGUUUUUCUUCUCUCUGCCUCUCCUCCCCCUGCUUGUUAUGACUCCUGUCUAACGGGAGGCACUCGGCGUUGCUGAGCCGCCGACUGGAGGCUGUGCCUAGUGGCGGACAGUGAGUCGCAGGCCUCGGACUACCCCCGUCUGCCGUUUACCCCAUAGGCCGGCUGUCCGCCUCUCGCACCUUUCCCGGCCAGGCCCGCGCCAUGCAGGCUGCCCUCUUCCCCUCCGACAGCGAAGGCGACGACACGGGCGCCCGGGCGCUGCUGGCUCUCAAGUCGGCGCCGUGCAGCCCGAGCCGGCUGAGCGCUCAGCUCAAGAGCGGCGCCGUGCGCUGGGAGCUGGGCCUCGACCCGCAGGCCCCGCCCGACGCCGCUAUCGCCAAGCUCGAGGGCCGGGAUUUCGAGUACCUGAUGCGGCAGGAGUCGGUGACCAUCGGCCGCAACUCGAGCCAGGGCCCCGUGGACGUGAACAUGGGCCACUCGAGCUUCAUCUCCCGCCGGCACCUGCAGAUCACCUUCCAGGAGCCGCACUUCUACCUGAAGUGUCUGGGCAAGAACGGCGUCUUCGUGGACGGAGUCUUCCAGAGGAGGGGAGCUCCGCCGCUGCCGCUACCCCGACAAUGCAUGUUUCGUUUUCCCAGCACUGUGAUAAAGAUUACUUUUACAUCGCUUUACAGUAAGCAGGAGGUGAAGGAGGAGCAACCACCAUCUCCCAUCCACCCACUCCGCCCACAGAUCUCACCACUUAAAAUUAACAUUCCUGAUCCUAAUAUUGAGCUGGUCAGUCCUAUCCCCUCACCCACUGGUACUAUCAGUGUCCCCAACUCCUGUCCUGUGAGUCCACGUGGUGCCGGCUCCUCUGGUUACCGGUUUGGACGCAACAUCACCAGAGACCUCCAGCUAGCAGCAGCGUUUGCAGAAAAAGCAGCAUCUGAGCAACAGGCAGAAACAUCUGGUGGUGACAGCCCUAAGGAUGAUUCAAAGCCCCCAUAUUCCUACGCACAGCUGAUUGUGCAGGCCAUAUCUUCUGCUCAGGACAAACAGCUAACACUAAGUGGCAUCUACGCACAUAUCACAAAGCAUUAUCCUUACUACAGGACAGCUGACAAAGGAUGGCAGAAUUCAAUCCGACACAACCUUUCUUUAAACCGUUAUUUUAUCAAAGUACCACGGUCACAGGAAGAACCUGGAAAAGGGUCAUUUUGGAGAAUUGACCCUUCAUCAGAGGCGAAGUUGGUGGAGCAGGCAUUCCGAAAACGCAGGCAGCGAGGGGUCUCUUGUUUCAGGAUGCCAUUUGGACCCAUUUCUUCCAGAGCUGAGAGUGCUCCUGCGUCUCCCAGUCAUCCAGGACUUCUCUCUCCUCACUCGAGUGGGCUGCAGACUCCUGAAUGCUUGUCACGUGAAGGUUCCCCUAUUUCGCAUGACCACGAUUUCACAAGUUCCAAGUUGGCGUCGGUGCCAGAGGGUCGCUACUCUCAAAGUGCACCAGGGUCUCCAGUUAGUGGCCAGCCUGUUAUAAUGGCAGUUCCUCCCCAACCUCCUAGUGUUGUAACCAAAUCUAUGGCUUAUAUGCCCACCUCCUUAAUAACUUCCCAACAGUCCACUGGGCAUGCCAUUCAUGUGCUUCAGCAAGCGCCCACUGUAACCAUGGUGAGGGUGCUAACGACAUCAGCCAACACCUCAAAUGGCUAUAUCCUUACCAAUCAGAGCCAUAUCGGAAGUGGGCAGGUCAUUCACGAUGGUUCCAAUGACCAGAAAGGAGUCCUUGAUGAUAAGUCUCUUGUGACCUUUACAAAUGUACCUACUGGCAGUCGAGUGAUUCAGACGGUUAGCAGUCAAAUGCCUCAACAUGUCCCUGGACAGAUGGUUACUAUCCUUCAGCAGGCACCAGCAACGUCCAUGGGACAACAUCAGCUUCCAGUGAAGACAAUAACUCAGAAUGGCAAACAUGCUGUUCCGGUUACAAGCCUCCAAGGAAAUACUUACGCUAUUACUAAUCCACUACAGAUCCUGGCUGCACAGGCUACAUCUUCGUCCCCUGCAGUUAUGAGCAAGCACCUUGUCACCGAACCACAACAUCCAGCUGUAUCCCUAGGUGAGCCUGAGGCCAAACGGCCCAAGAUGGAAGAGUCAACUGGAUCAGGCUCAGGUCUUGCUGUGAUCACAUCAACUCCACAAAUGCAGGGUGCCAGUGAAUAAGGAAAACAGGAAUCAUGGAAACCGAUUACAGUGGUGAAGAUAUACUCAAGUAUGUUCCGCAGAAAAAAAGACAGAAUUCCAAGGUGCCAAACUGAUGGGAGAAAGGAUAUUUUAAAAAAAAGCAAGCCUACCUUGAACUGAGGUGCUUGUUUUUAAUGAGGAAACGAGACAGCUGAUUGUUGGAUUAAGGAUGGCUGAGGUGGCGAUGCAGCCAUCUCCAUAAACUAGGCUUUGUUGGUGUUUUACAAGCCUUAAUUUUAAAAAAAAAAGUUAUAAAGGAUUGUUGGGAGGGAAGCAGAUGAAAUGACUCGAGUUCCUCUAGACACAAUGGGGUCUUGCCAAGACUCUAGCUUGGUGAUGUGGAGAUAGUACUCAGUAAAUGUGCUAACUUAUGUUCUUAAUUACUACAAACCAUUUCGGUACUGCUGACGUGCCAUGUUUUGUGCACAUAGCCUUUCCAGGAGAACAGAGAAUUUACUAAUUUUGUCAAACAAUAUUGCCCAGAUUGCAUUGGAGACAUUUUGUGCUAUUGCCCAAUGUACAAAAUUAAGCCAAUUUUCCUUGUAUAUUGCACUUCGCUAAACUGCAUCCCCACUAUGUGGCUCAUUUGGGGAAAUCCACGAGGAACCCUUUAUAAACAGACAAGUUGUUUGAGUGAGAGUAUGGAAGUGCGGAAGCUCCCCUAUGAGUGAAAUUUAUUUUUAAAAUGGAAUUAGUUAAAGCAAGACAGGACAGUUUAUUAAUACUGUUAAAGUCAGUCUCUUUUGGAGGGGGUUGGGGGUGAAGGAGGAAGAGAAUAAAUGAUGUCUGUGCCUUGUGCUUAAUGUCAAUACCUGAGAUAUAACUGGAUUGGUUCCUGAACUAAAAUUAUUUUUGACAGUGCCUGCAUGAUCCCAAACUUUUCAAAAUAUUGCCUCACUGAAUUACCCCGUCCAAUUUGACCGUGGUGUUUUAAGUUUUGUUUUCAAACUGUGCCGUUGAGUUAACAAUAGUUUCCCCCAAUUGACCAGCAGAGCAAAAUUUUAACAGUUGAUGUAACUUAGUGGAGCUUUGAUCAGUUAUGUAGUUUAAAUCAUUGAGAACAGGCCUUCCUUUAACUGUUGAAUGUUUUACCAUUGAAGCAAAGAACAUUUCAUGUGCUGACUAUGGCAAAAUAUCAGAGUAAUAUUUACAAAAAAAGUACUUGCAAAUUACACAAAUACAGCCACUCUAUUUUUGUCAUUGAAUUCAUUCUGAAUUUCAAUUCACAAUCAGAUCUGAUCAUGCAUAUAUAAUCCACAUUUUUUAAUGGAAUUAGACUCUCAUUUUAGAAAUGGGAGUUACAUGUUUCUAUUCUAAAGUAUGCAAGUAGCUUAAGAAAUUGGUACUACAAAUUCAGAUGAACUGGAUCUGAUUCAAUGCUCUGAUUUGUUUUUGACGUGCUGAGGAGACACAAGUAAUAUUGUGCAACAUUUUAAAAACUAUUAAGAGAAUUCUGUAAUUCUCACAAGUUCAUUUAUUAACUUAUGUUUGUAGAUUUUGGUAUUCCACUAAUUUUUUUGUGUUUAUACUUGUUACUCAAAGUUGCAUUUCAGCAAAAACCAUUUCCCUUAAAUCUCCUUUACACAAAUGUAAUUAAAUCUCAGCCAACAUAGAUUUGAUUUAUUUUGUGGUUCAUUCCUGACAUAGUUCAGUUUCUGUUGGUAUCGGUAAUGUUGACUGGAAAAGUAUACGGAUCAUGAAAAAGGUAUGUCAGAGAGAUUGUUAUGACUGGCUCAAGUCUGUUCUAUUAGUGAAUUUUCUGGAAAAUUCUAUAGCUGUAUUGCGAGAGGUAGUGAAUUGCUCUCUAUGACACCGCACACCUCCCCAGUACUGCAGAUGUUAAAAUAUGAAGCUCUGUUUUAUGGAAGUUGGAAUUCUAAAGAUUAGUCAUUCUAGCAAGCCCUUUGUUAAUUUUUGAGAUAACGUGCAAUUUCCAUCUGCACCAUUAACAAAGGAAAUGUAAACAUAUUAACAAAGUAAAAUUAGAAAGCCAGUAAACUAACAUGAUGACAGCUUCAGUUGGAUGUGAGGUUUGUAUAACUAUGUUUCAAACAAUAACAUUGGCUGGGUCACUUUUCAGGAAAGUAACCAUCAAGGCAGCUCAAAUGUGGAGGUGCAGUUGUUUGACAAAGCUUUAAUAAUGCAGUGGAAAUCUGUUGUGUGUCUCUGUACAAAAUAAUAUAAAAUUUCAGAAAUACAUUUUCUAAAAACUGAGCAAUAUUAAAAUGCUAUAUUUUGUAUAUGUUGUUUUAACAGCUUUCCACUGUAAAUAACUUUUGUUUUAAUAUCAAUGAGUCUUUUGCAAAAAUUUCUUUAAUCUGAAUAUCAUAGAUCCUGAAGUAUGAGAACAGUCAGGAAUGUGAAAGAGUGUUGAAGCUCAUUCUUUAUAACCAAAAUUUUCUCAUUAUAACAUCCGACUGAGCAACCUCAAUGCCUUUAUUACUUUGUCUGACAGAUUAUUUCAAGCAUUUAUUAUAAGAGAAUUUUUUUAUCCCUGGUAUUUGUUUUAAAUGUAUUUACCAGUAAUACUUGUCUAGAUUCUCUGAUCCUUUUUAUCUUAGCUUUACGUAAUUUAAAAUGUCAGAGCAGUGAACUGAAAGUAUUUGACUUUGGUGAGGAUGGGCAUUUAGUGGCCAAUAUUCAGUGAUGUUUUACUAUUCAGUGAUUCAAUAUAUUUAAGCUUCCUCAAACAGAUUUGAAAUGCAAAAGCAAAUAGGGUAAUGGGUUAAUUCAGUUUUUUUUAAAAAGUAUGAUGUAAAAUCAUAGCAGGGAGAAUAAAUUUUAAAUGUUGUAAAGCAAUUAUUGUUAUCAAAUACUUACUGAAAGGAAUGUGCUUAUUAUUUAGAUUGUAAACUACAAAUGAAAUGACUUUUGUGGGGGAAAUGUCCUGUCUACUUAUACUGGGGCAAACCAGAAGCAAUUGUGAGACGUCCCCACGUCAAGUUUUCAUUUCUUGCUUAUUCAACAGAACAUCUGACAGAUCUAGACUUGAAGCUCAUCAAAAAAACUCUGAACUAAAUAUUGAUGAUCCUUGUUCCUUUCUCCCUGCCAUUCAGUGCUGCAUACACCAUUCAUUGUUUCCCAAUUGAUGACAAAAUUGCACGCAAUUCAAUUGGAAUUUUUUAUGCUUGAAAUUAAAUUUGCUAUUGCUGAGAAAAUAUAAAUGGACAGAAUGCAAAUUGCAACUUGAUUUUGGACAAUGCAAGUCUGAUGUUCGUCUGUCAAUGCAACUUGUCUAAUGAGGGCAAUGAUUGUCUAGUCUGACUUGAAAUAGAUUUUUUUUCUUCUGACAAUGCAGCUCAUUCAGCAUAUACACAAAGCCACAUUUCUCCAUUGUGAAAUGAAGUCAAUUUCAAAUGUUUUAAGUCUGCAAUAAUCAAUUUAGAAGCAGUAAUGCAGUCCAAUCCUUGUUAGCA